AUGAGUGAUUCAGAAGAUGAAGAAAUUUUCGAGAGUUUAAUGGCUACAAGAGCCAGAAGAACAAAUGCAGGUUCAAGAUUAAAACAAUUAAUUGAAUUAGAAGAACAAACAAAUGAGUCACAAGAUAAUAAUCAAUUUGUAACAGAAGAUGAUGAAAAUGUCAAUUUGUUAUUUCAAGAUGAUGAAGAUGAUCAAGAAUUUAUAGAUGAAGAAUUAGAUAAUGAAAAUCUAGCGGGAAUAGAUGAGGACGAAGAAGAAGAGAAUGAAGAUGAAGAGAACAAUAAUGAAUCAACAACCAAGAAAAGGCGGCAUGGAGAUAGUGACAUUGAAGAGGAAGAAGAGGAGGUGAAUUUGGAUGAACAACUUUCAGACUCAGAUAUAUCAGCUUCGGAUUCAGAUGCAAGUGAGGGAGAAAGAGAACUACAAAAACAAGAAAGAGUAAGAAAGAAACGUAAGAAAACAAUAAUACCAGCAAUUAAAAAAGUCAAUACAAAACCACCAGCUCCAAAAAAGAAAUCACCAUUAGUUACAUCGGAUUCAUUAUUAAUGUCAAAUAGAAGAUCAUCAUCGAGAUCAGCAGCAGUUGAAAGUAAACAAGCACUAGUUGAUAGAUUAAUUGAGAGUGAAAAAAGAAAAGCGAAAUAUGUUUAUGUUGAAAGGAAGAAGGCUAAAGAACCAACUCAAGAAGAAAGAAUGGCCCAAGCUAUAGAAACUGAAAAAGAGAAUAUUGAAUCAUUGAAUAAAUUUAAAGAGCAAGAAAUUGUGAAAAAGGAAAGGCAACGUCAAUCUUUACUAUCAAAAAGAAAACCAAUGAAAAACAUCUUAAGAGUUGUCUCGAAAGAAGCUUUCAUCCGUCCUCAAGACGAAGUGGAUGAGGCAAGGAGAGAGUUUUUUAAGAGGAAGAGAAGAAUCAAAAGAAAAGCUGGUAAUGGUGAAGAAGAAAUUGAACCAUUUUCUAUCAACUAUUCUUCACCUUACCAGCAAAGAUUAUUAGCAGAAAGAAAAAAAUUAAUGGAAGUUGAAAUUGAUAAAGUAGAAGCAAUGAAUAUAAACUUGAUGGAAAAAUUAAUAGAUCAAAAGAAAACUGAACCUGCUAACAAUGUUGAAAGUUCCGUUAAAGGUGUAAAACUUGAAUCAAUUGAUGAUGAAAAACAAAAUGAAAAUAAGGAUGAAAUCGAAGAAUUAUCAACAAAAUCAGUAAGUGAUAAAGAAAUUGUAAAAGAUCAAUUAGCUACUACAGAGGCAAAUAAUGGAGUGAAUAUAAGUUUAAAGCAAGAAACUCAGAAUGGAAAUGAAGCAAUUGAGAUAGGUCAAGACGACACAAAUACAAAAGAAAUAGAUGGAGAAGGGCAAAAUGUGAAGAAAGAGUUUGAUAGUGAAAAAGGGAUGGUUGAUUCUAAAGAGGAAGUUGUUCCAUCAACCAAUAACAAAGAUGAAAAGGAUAUAAUCAUGGUCCAAGAAGAAAUAGUUCAUCAAAACGGAAUCGUUGAAAUAGAAACCAAAAAGGUUAAGUUUGCAGAUGAUAUAAUAGAACCACAAUCAGUAGACGCAUCACCACAACCUGAAGAAAUAAAAUUAGAAAGUCCACCGCAACCUGAGAUUUUCGAAGGUCCAGUUCAAAGAAUUUGCAGAAAUUUGGUAAGUUUUAUUAAUUUCGAUGAAGAUAGAAGAGAUUUGAGACUCAACCCAAUUAAUGUCAGAACUAUGUUAUUCGGUAAACAAUCAUUAUUACCUGCUAAACGAAGAUUUAAUGACGGAAAAACUAUUUUACAUAUAGGUAAGACUGAAAAUCCAUAUGCUAUUACGCAAACAGAUAAUUCAGAUGAUUUAUUUGCUUCAGCUUAUAACUUAACCGAAGAUGAUCCAAUGUUUGACGAAUUAAAAAAAUUACCAAGACUAGGUGUACAACAUGAUAUUAUCGAGGUAGAAGAAGAUACUCAAGAAAAUGAAAAUACCGAAAUUAAAAUUACAACAGAAGCUCCUACAGGUCUUUACCUCCCAAAUGGUAACAAAAAAUUAUGUAUGAUUUCAGGUACAGAAGUUAAAUAUUUUGAUCCACAAACAGGUAUGCCGUAUAGUUCAGUUGAAACUUAUAGACUACUCAAAUCAAUAGAACAGGGUCAAGCUUCUUGGUUAAGUUUAAAUUCAGAUGUUUCUACAAAUGGUCCUUUUGAUUUAUAUUUAGGGUUCAAAGGCGAGAAUAAUCGAUCUGCUAAGGGUGUUCCUGAUGGUUUUGAUGGAUAA